AUCUGCAAAUAAUUCUCAAAAAAACAGAAGAGAUAAAGAAAGUGAGGCUGAGCAAAAACGCACUUUUCGCUUUUGCCCAAUUAAUAUCUGAACAAUUACACCUUUUUCCCUUAUUAUUGGGAGUUUUCCAGCCAAUAAAUAAAUGGCAGCGGCAGCUUCCACUUCUAUGGCGGCCACCGCCGUGUUGACUCACCGCCUCCCGGCGGCAAGGAGCGGCGCCGUGUUCUGCCCCUUGCCCCAACGUCCUUCUCAAUCGUCCGCCCCGCUCAAGCUGCUCAAAGAAUCCGGGAGGUCUUCUCAGCUCUUAGUCAAGGCCUCUUCAUCUGAUGAGAGCCCUGCUGAUGCGAACGAAUUGUUCACAGACCUGAAGGAAAAGUGGGAUGCCAUUGAGAACAAGUCGACUGUGCUUACUUAUGGUGGUGGUGCGAUUGUUGCUGUUUGGUUAGCUACCGUUGUUGUUGGUGCAAUUAACUCGGUCCCUUUGCUUCCAAAAGUCAUGGAAUUGGUUGGCUUAGGAUACAGUGGCUGGUUUGUAUACCGUUACCUUCUCUUCAAGUCGAGUAGAAAAGAACUGGCAUCAGACAUAGAAGCUCUGAAAAAGAAGAUUGCUGGGACAGAGUGAAAAAUGUGUUGCCACCGGGUUUUCUUAAUUCGUCACGACCUCGGAUUUGUUUGACUUUUAUAUAUGUUCUGUGUAAGAGGGAUAAUCUACUAUUGUAUUGUAGAUUAGGCCUUUUCUGCAUUGGAAAAUAAUGCUUCUUUGAUUUAUCUUAAAUCUUAUAGUCAGUCAUUCAGGCUGUGUUAAUGAAAUCCCCCAUUGUUUAUAGAACGUCAGUGCUUACCUAUACACAAGGAAGCAGCAUAUAAUGAUAAAACAUUUAAAUCUUUAAAA